UCGCGAUGGCAGCGCGCUCGGAGCCGCGCCGCGGAGGCGGAGGCGGAGGAAGAAGAGGAGCGUGUGCGAAGCUGCUGUGUGUGUGGAGCGUGUGCUCGGCUCUGAGCGCGGCCUAUCUGCUGUACCUGCCGCUGCCCUCCGCGCUCUCAGAGCCCCUCAAACUCAUGGUGGUCGCCGCUGCCUUCAGGGGGGUCUCACAGGCGGCUGAUAUCGGGCAGUCUCUGGGUUUGGUCCAUCAUAUCCGGCUGAUAAACACCGUAGUGACCGGGUUUGAGAGUUUGGUUCCUCUGGACUAUGAACACAUUCAGACGGAGGACACGGAGUUCAGUGGGGUUCAGGUACGCGUUUAUCAGCCCAGUGUAAACACACAGGACGGCCUGAGGGGGGCAGUAGUGUUCUUCCAUGGAGGAGGGUGGUCACUCGGGGCUCCAAAGCUGGGCUCGUACGACCUGCUGUGCAAGAAGAUGGCGUCUGAGCUGAAGGCGGUGGUGGUGACGGUGGAUUACCGGAUGGCUCCAGAUGUGCGUUUCCCAGUGCAGUUUGAGGACUGUCUGCAGGCCUCCAGGUUCUUCCUGCAGUCGGAGGUUCUGCAGCUGUACUCUGUGGAUCCUCAGCGCGUGGCCGUGUGUGGAGACAGCGCAGGGGGGAACCUCGCAGCUGCAGUCGCCCAGCAGAUCGGCCGAGACAACAGCACUGCUGGAAAGUUCAAGCUCCAGGUUUUGAUCUACCCAGUUCUACAGGCUCUGGACUUCAACACGGCUUCGUACCAGCAGAACCAGAAGAUUCCUAUCCUGUACCGCGAGCUGAUGGCUCACUACUGGCUGGAGUACCUGGGCGCAGAUCCUGAGCUCGUUCACUUGCUUCUGCUGAACAACCACACAGCGCACGACCAGGAGCUCGCCGACCCGCACCGAGCCAAACUUGACUGGACCAGAGUUCUGCCCAAAGACGUGACGAAACACUACAAGCCUGUGAUUCCAGCCACCGGUUCUCCAGGGAUCUUGCAGAGGGUUCCUGGCCUGCUGGACGUCCGAGCGGCUCCUCUGCUGGCCGAUCUGGAGGCGCUGAGGUCGGCUCCUCGCGCCUACAUCAUGACCGGUGAGCAUGACGUGCUGAGGGACGACGGGCUGAUGUACGUCCGUAGGCUGCAGCAGGCCGGCGUCUCCGUCACCAGCCGACACUACGAAGACGGUUUCCAUGGCUGCGUCAGUUUCGCCUUCUGGCCGUCGUACUUCGCUGUCGGCAUCCGGGCGGUGGACGACUACAUCGCCUGGCUGCGGGAUCAUCUUUAGUUAAUCACUGCUGUCGGGUCAGAAUCUCGUAACUCCUGAAAACAUGAUCGGACUCACAGAAAUGAUCCAGAUUUACUGGGAAUAAAACCGCAUUCCACUCACACACGACAGCAGUCAGACACUUUUCCUUCUCUUGUGAAGUGAAGCUACGAGGUUUUCAUUGCUCUAGAACACCUGAACCAAUCAGCUGUUCAGCUAAUGAACCUCUCCAGGCUCCACCCACAAAAACCCACUCCACCUAACGGUGUAGCAUUGCUAGCUAGCUAAGUUAGCAUCAUAGUCAGCUCCACCCGCUGCUGUAGCAUGGCGACAGGUACUUGGCUGUUUAGCCAAGCUGAGCUUUAGCGUAGCGUCCACUGUCGGCUGCAGCUCAGGCAGAGCUUCUCUAAGAGAUGUGCUGACGUUGCUAGCCAGCUGUGUUAGCGCUGCUGUAGCACGGCUGACGCGACUGUCCUCAGUAGCAAUGUUACUAACCUGACUGCGUUUGAAUAGAGACCCAGAGAUGGUGUGGAAUCUUUAAUACUUCUGCUUCUCACUUCUCAGAAUUUUUCUUUGAUUUAAAAUUUUUAAUAAUUUUUUUUACUUCCAGGUGUAAAAAAUCCCAGAAUUUCAGUCUGGUCUCAGAAUUUUGAGUUUCCCACUCUGUACUGGGAUUUUCAUGAUUCCUGCCAACGUGCAGCAGCUACAGUAGAACAUGUGGGUGGGCGGAGCCUGGAGAGGGCAUGCUGGGUAGGGAUUCAGAAACACUGCCUUCAUAUCUUCACGCUGCAGAAGAGGCGGAGCGCCGUUCCGUCAGGACACCAUGGAUGUAUUAAUGUUCAGAAUGUAUUAAAAUGAGUUUCUGUGUUUUGAGUAUUAUUCACAAUAUUGUCUUCUUGAGCUGAAGACUCAGUAAUUACUCAGUUAAAACUGAUUAUCCUUUAAUUAAACGCUUAGACUGCCGCCGCUGGAAGAAUGAGUCGCUCUGUGUGGUCGUACAGACCGUCUCGCUGCAGGUCUGCUGCAUUAAUUACAGUGAACUUAUUGUUAUUAACUGAAAUGUGCUGGUUCCAUUAAUUAAAGCAGGUGUGUUUGAUAUUAAAGCUGUAAGGAGUAAAACGCCUUAAUCAGACUUAAAGCGCCACCUGUACGGUGUUUUAUAUUAAAGGGUCAUAAAAUCAUGAAGAUUUCUA